AUGAGAGUUGGCCCCGACCUCCGCUCCGGGGACCCCGAGCGCCAUGUCCGAGUGAAGCAGCGGGGCUCGGUGCUGAACAUGCUGAGGAGGCUGGACAAGAUCAGGUUCAGAGGUCACAAGCGAGACGACUUCCUCGACCUGGCGGAGUCCCCCAACGCCUCAGACACCGAAUGCGGCGACGACGGGCCCCUCAGAGUGCCGCGGACCUCGCCCCGGGACAGCGAGGAGCUGCGGGACCCCGCCGGUCCGGGGACCCUCAUCAUGGCCGCGGGAGUCCAUGACUUCAACCGGACGGAGUCCGAUCGGCUGAACGAGAUCAAAGGCCACCUGGAAAUCGCCUUGCUGGAGAAGCACUUCCUGCAGGAGGAGCUCCGGAAGCUGCGGGAGGAGACCAACGCCGAGGCGCUGCGGCUGGAGCUGGACCGCGAGCGGCAGCGGCGCCUGGAGCUGGAGCAGAAGGUGCAGGACGUGCUGAAAGCCAGGACCGAGGAGCAGGCGGCCCAGCAGCCUCCGAGGAGCCAGGCCCCGGUUGCUAACGGAGCAGGAGCAGACCGGCGGGGCCAGGGCCUGUGCCCCCGCGUGCAGAAGUGGUUCCACGAGAAGUUCGGGGAGUACGUGGAGGACUUCCGGUUCCAGCCCGAGGAGAGCGCCGUGGAGACGGAGGAGCCCCUCAGCGCCCGCAGGCUGACCGAGAACAUGCGGCGACUGAAGCGCGGCGCCAAGCCGGUAACCAGCUUCGUGAGGAACCUUUCCGCCCUGUCCGACUGGCGCUCCGUCUACACGUCCGCCAUCGCCUUCACCGUCUACAUGAACGCCGUGUGGCAUGGCUGGGCCAUCCCCAUGUUCCUGUUCCUGGCCAUCCUGCGGCUGUCCCUCAAUUACCUCAUAGCCAGGGGCUGGAGGAUACAGUGGAGCAUUGUGCCCGAGGUGUCCGAAGUGGUGGAGCUGCCGAAGGAGGACCUGACCGUGUCCGAGAAGUUCCAGCUGGUGCUGGACGUGGCUCAGAAGGCCCAGAACCUCUUCGGGAAGAUGGCCGACAUCCUGGAGAAGAUCAAGAACCUCUUCAUGUGGGUGCAGCCCGAGACCACGCAGAAGCUGUACGUGGCGCUGUGGGCCGCCUUCCUGGCCUCCUGCUGCUUCCCCUACCGCCUGGUGGGGCUCGCCGUGGGACUCUAUGCCGGCAUCAAGUUCUUCCUCAUCGACUUUGUCUUCAAACGCUGCCCGCGGCUGCGAGCCAAGUACGACACCCCCUACAUCAUCUGGACGAGCCUGCCCACCGACCCACAGCUCAAGGAGCGCUCCAGCGCCGCCGCCGUGUCCCGCAGGCUGCAGACGGCGUCCGCGCGGAGCUACGUGGCCAGCGCGCCCGCGGGCCUGGGCCGGGACGAGGACGCCGGCCGCCUCCACAGCACCAAGAAGGGCAACUUCCAUGAGAUCUUCAACCUGGCGGAGACCGAGCGGCCGCUGGCGGUGUGUGAGAACGGCUGGCGCUGCUGCCUCAUCAACCGAGACCGGAAGAUGCCCACGGACUACAUCCGGAACGGGGUGCUGUACGUGACGGAGAACUACUUGUGCUUCGAGAGCUCCAAGUCCGGCUCCUCCAAAAGGAACAAGGUCAUCCGGCUGCUGGACAUCACCGACAUCCAAAAGUACAAGGUCCUCUCAGUCCUCCCGGGAUCGGGCAUGGGCAUCGCCGUGACAACGCCAUCAACCCAGAAGCCGCUGGUGUUCGGCGCCAUGGUGCACAGGGACGAGGCCUUCGAGACCAUCUUCAGCCAGUACCUGAAGAUCACGGCGGGCGCAGCCUCGGGCAGUGACAGCUAG